AUCGCGCUGCUGACGCAGUGGUUUCUUAUUGUAGUCUCGCAGUGAAAGCAACUCCGUGGUGGACAAUGGCAGGCCCUGGAAGGAGCGGCAGGGGCGUUGUGUGUCGCACGGAUGCAAGAGGGGAAGUCGCGUAACGAACGGUUUGCAGGUUUGCUUUGAACUAAAGAGCGACGAGGAAAGAGACACAAGCAGCCAGCGUUUACGUGUUUGCAGCCAGCGACACAGAGCGCACGAGUGGUGAUGAGGAACGAUACACAGUACCGCGCUCCCACUUUCCUCAGGGCUUCGCGCCGCAAGAGUGCGCUAAUCAGGGACCGACCUCACAAGGAAGGAGCGAUCAAGGCGGGGUUCGCGAUUGGUGGUGCAUCAGGUGCCUCAUGCAUUUCUUAGAUUGCUCCACCAGUCUCAAUGAGGCAGUGCGCUAGCCCUCUGGAGCGCCCUUGCCGUUUGGCAUCCUCGAAACGCUCUGGGAUAGAUUGCGAAACGCCGACUCUUGUGUGGCUUCCCUUGCUACGCGCGCCUCUGAGAGUGGCUGAUGUGGAACCCAGGACAGGCAAACCCAGCACUCAAAUUGAUCGAAAUGAAUACGAAGUUCUGCUGAUGCGGCGCCAGGCGUGGAACGAGCGGUUCGUCGAAGGGAUCUGGCUGGCUGUGCCACAUUCCGCGUCUGAGGCGGAGGCUAGGAAGGGGCCGCUGAGCUGCACUUUCACGGCCAAUCCUCCGGAAGAACUGCGCAGUCGUCAUCAAUGUGCCCAUCAGUCACUUCGGCAACGUCCAUUGCUUCAGACAAUGGAGUUUCGAAACUUUGAGGGUGGAAAAAUUAUCAUUGGGAAGAAGUACCUUGCCAUGGGGCUCUUAUGCCUUAUGCGGGCGGGCCGAUGGCGGGGGUGUUGCGUAGUGGCGCGCUGUCAGCAGCUGUGGUGAACGACUGUGCACACCCAAGGACGUCUGGCUUUUGUGUGUUCUGACUACCAUUGCACCGCAAGUGCCUUGUUCAAUUUUCAUAGUCGCGCUAGACC